UAUUAUAAGUACUCAUAUGUGUAGUUAUUCAUAGUACUAGUAUUACGUGUGAUUUGUUGUUGUAAUUACGCUGUCAGUGUAGAGACCGGCAAAAUAAAAAGCAUGCAAGUAAAUAAAUGUGGGCGAAGAGUUGUAGUAACGGGAUUAGGAAUUGUUUGUCCUCUAGGAGUUGGUGUAAAAAAUGCAUGGAAUGCUUUACUAGCUGGAAAAAGUGGAGUAAUAAAAUUAGACACUCCAGAAUAUAAGACUUUACCCUGUCGAGUUGCUGCACAAAUACCUAGAGGAAAUGAUGCGGGUUCAUUAAAUUUGGAUGAAAAAUUUUCUAAAAGUGAAUUGAGAUCCAUGUGCCCGGCAACUGCGUACGCAUUGAUUGCUGCUGAAGAAGCUCUUGAAGAUGCACAGUGGAAACCAACUGAAGAAGCAGAUAAAAGAGAUACUGGAGUGGCUGUAGGUAUUGGAAUGGUCGAUUUAGUUGAUGUUUGUUCCAUGCACGAAGCAAUGAAAAAAAGUUACAGCAAAGUCAGUCCUUACUUUAUACCGAGGAUCCUUCCGAAUAUGGCUGCAGGACAAAUAAGUAUCAAAUAUGGAUUUCGAGGUCCCAAUCAUUCGGUUUCUACUGCAUGUGCUACUGGAGCUCAUGCUAUAGGUGACGCUUUUCGUUUUGUAAAAGGAGGCGAAACGAGUGUGAUGAUUUGUGGUGGAGCUGAAGCUUGCAUCAGUCCACUGGCAAUCGCAGCUUUCUGUCGACUACGAGCUCUCAGUACAUCUAAAAAUGACCAACCCGAAGAAGCAUCACGGCCAUUUGAUAAAGACCGUGAUGGAUUUGUGAUGGGCGAAGGUUCGGCUGUUUUAAUUAUUGAAGAACUAGAGCACGCACUUGGUAGAAAUGCAAAUAUAUAUGCUGAAAUAUUGGGGUACGGAUUGUCUGGUGAUGCUGCGCAUCUGACAGCACCAAGUGAGGAUGGUGUUGGUGCUAUUCUAGCAAUGGAUAGAGCUUGCAAAAGCGCUCAAGUUGAUCUUGCAGACAUAACUUACGUCAAUGCUCAUGCAACUUCAACGCCAAUAGGUGAUGCUGUUGAACUAAAGGCUAUUGAUACUCUAUUUGGAGCUUACAGUAAAAAUGUAACAGUUUCGAGUACCAAGGGGGCACAUGGACACUUGUUAGGAGCCGCAGGAAAUCUGGAAAUUGCUUUCACGAUUCUCGCUAUUAAAAAUUCAGUUAUUCCACCCACACUUAAUCUACAUAAUUUAGAUUACUCAGGUCCAUUGCAGUUUGUUCCACUUGUGAAAAAAAAAUGGAGUUCUAUGUCCAAGAGAACUGCAUUGAAAAAUGCAUUUGGAUUUGGUGGUACCAAUGCUUCGUUAUGUUUUACGGAAUUUGUUAGAUAGUUUUUUGAAAUUUUUUUAAAAAUAAAUAAGAAAAUAUUUUUUUAAUUUAUAAAAAAAUUGCAGAGUGAACCCGAAUUAAAUCCGGAGUAGAUGACUGUGUAUUUAUUUAAUCCUCUUGGAGUAAAAUUCAAUCAGAAGGAGAAUUUAUUUAAAUAUUAAACUCCGGUUCGGAGUAAAAUUCACUCCGAAAAGGAGUUUAUAUAAAUAUUAAAAUUCCGAAUCGGAAUAAACAUGGAUUCAAAUAAAAUCCAAACCACUCACCUGAAAAAACAAAUUCCUUUUUUACUCCAUAGAGGAAGAGAUUUUUUUAAACUCCGAAACUCCGAGUAACGAGGUGAAUUCUAAUUGAAAUAAAAUCCGUAAUUACUCUAAAUUCACUCCCGAUUUUUUACAGUGUAAUACUAGAUAUUAAAUAACUUUAUAAAAUAAGUAUUAAUUACUAAAAUUAAAGAGAUACAGAUAGACUG